AUGGAUCAAACUGUCUUUGUACUUUUCACAGGGACACUUGUCUCCAGCUGUGAUUCAUGUCACACUGAAUCCAUGUGCCAGGAGUCACAGGAAAGAGGAGACACGUUCAGUGGCCCGGUCCUCUCUUGUGUCUGUAAAGAUGGCUUCGUAGGCGACGGUCUCACCUGCUACGACACAAAACUCUGCAGUGACUCUUCAUGCUGUAGCCAAGGUUAUCACUGGUCACAAGACAGCGGCUGUGUGGACACUGACGAGUGCUCCCUCCCAGACCCACCGUGUGCACCGACUCAGGUGUGCCACAACACACCAGGCUCUUUCAUAUGUGUGGAGCCUUCCUCUACCGCCAGAUCUGGGCCCUCUUCCAAAUCUGUCCGCCUGGCCAAUGGAGGAAACAGCUCCUGCUCUGGCAGAGUAGAGAUCUUCCUCCGUGGACAGUGGGGGACGGUGUGUGAUGACCAAUGGGACCUGGUUGAUGCUCAGGUGGUGUGCAGACAGCUAAGUUGUGGCAGGGUCCUGUCAGCACCAAGUGUACGGUUUGGACCGGGCAGUGGACCCAUCUGGUUGGACGAUGUUGUUUGCUCCGGCAGCGAAUCACAGCUGACAGACUGCCAGCACAGAGGGAUUGGUUAUCACAACUGUGGUCACAGUGAGGAUGCUGGUGUCGUCUGUGAAGGUAAAAGCUUACAGCUCAUCUGUGGACAUGAUAAAAUUCAAAUGGGGCUAAAUAUGGCUGCCAUAACAGCCAUGGGUUUGAACCCACUCUCCGGAAACCUGGCAGUUCGCAACUGCUCCUGGGUCAGAAUGCAUAAUGAUGUAGUUUGGUAUGAGGUGGACGCUCAGGCAGGUGCCUGUGGAAACACACUGAGGACCAACCGUACACACGCCAUCUACUCCAACGUUUUAUUCCUCUACCGAGGAAAUGUGUCCUUCUCACGUCCUGUGAGUCUUCCCUUCUCCUGUGCGUAUCCCCUCGACACAGACACCAGCAUGAAUGUGGCAGUCAGACCAGUGCUGCCGACUGCAGUUGGCCUCUCAGGCUUAGGUAGCAAAGCUCGAGCCUCCAUGUCUCUGUUCCACACCUCCAGCUUCACUCAGCCUUAUCCAUCUGGCUUGAUCACGCUCCCUGUGGGCUCACCUCUGCAUGUGGGCGUCUCUGUAUUAGUCAGAGACCCAAGCUUUGUAGUUGUCCUGGAGAACUGCUACGCCUCUGACUCAUCAAACCCCAAUGAUACUGCACGAUACUUUUUCAUCCAGAACAAGUGCCCCACUGACCGACAGCAAGUGGAAGUGAUCGAGAGCGGCUUGUCCCGACAGGCUCGUUUCUCCUCCCUGUUUUUCCUGAUCCACGGUGAAUACAGUGACAUUUACCUCCACUGCAGCCUCAGCCUGUGUGACCAGAGGAGCUCCCGCUGUGCCCCAUCUUGCAGAAUAAGGACAUCUCGCUCUGUUUCCAGCUCUGCUCCUCUGAAGCCCCUCACCAUUGGACCAAUCACUUGGUCCAAGUCCACUGAAUGAGCUGGAAACAUAUCGUAACAAAACUAACUCAUUUCAUAGUGUGAUAUUAUUUGUUUUUGAAUUUCUUCAUAAAUUGAUUAUAAAAAACACAUGUUACAUUGCAUAAUUGAAUCGUAACACAUAGUGGUUUUCCUAAUUUUUAUUAGCUGUGUAAUGAGGUGUGAAAAUGAUUGAAGAAAUUAAAAAUC